CUCUGCCAUUAACCAUUGGAACCUCGUUCCCCGCCGUCUAUCCUCGACCCACUGUCUGUCAGACUCUAGGUUGUUUGCGAAGGGCUUCAGAGGGCCAUAGCUUGCUGUGCAGCAAUUUCAGUCUGCUGGUCACUCGCUUGAACCUGGAAAUCUCUGGUGGCCACGCAUUCCAUGAUGGCCGAUACGUCAUCUCAUGACUUGAAGUCUUCAAUGUCGUCGUCCUCAAUUGCCGACUCUCCGGUCGCCAGACGGCCUGGUUUGACUCGCUCAAGCUCCUCGCUGAGUGGUAUCAUGAGUUUCAGUAGCUUGGAGCGGAAUGGAGAGGAAUGGAGCGGAACCGCAUUGACACUGUUGGACGUGAUAGAGACAUUCUUUGAUUCACGACUCGACCUGUUCAACCGCAGACUAAAAGCUCAGUCUGCCCGCCUGAAAUCCCGAGCCGUGGAACUGUUACCCAAAGGCUUGAGAACACCGGCGGGAGGAGGUAUACUGAUAGCGGAUGAGGAGGAGGAAGACUUGGGCAACGGGUCAGAUGGCCUUAGAAAGAGGAAAGAUCUCCGUGGGCGAGGUGAAGCGUACAAGAAGGAGGUCGAGCGAGAGGUGGAUAGAAUCAAAGUAAAGUUGGCGGCCAAAGUGACUCACCUAUCUGGGUCUUGGCGGUCUGCUCAGAUCGUACGAACACGGGACAAGAUAUCAUUCCUUUUCGGUGUUCUAUCCCUCGCGUUCACAUGCUGUCUAUACGGAAUCGCUCCGGAAUGGAUGCCCGUAGCAUAUACGGCACAAUCUGCAUUCUACCUUCCCACGAGAAUAUGGACUUAUAAGCGAAAGGCCUGGCAUUAUUUCUUGUUUGGUCUUUGCUACUUUGUCAAUGUGCUAGAUCUUUUAUGGAUGUGGGUGUUUCCCGGCUCAGCCGUCAUGUUUAUCUGUUGUUAUCUCCUCACUCUGGGGCCCCUCGCGAGCGCCAUUAUCACAUGGCGAAACUCGCUGGUGUUUCACUCAUUGGACAAGGUCACGAGCUUGUUCAUCCACAUCUAUCCGCCGCUCACUCUGACAGUCAUCUUACAUGGCUAUAAAGACGCUCCGGCGCGGUAUCCUGCCUUGAAUCACGUACAUGACUACAAAUGGUGGACUAUGAUCCUGAUGGCGGCAGUGCCUUACACGCUAUGGCAAGCGGCAUACUACAAAUUCAUCUCUGUUGACCGGAAAUCAAAGAUCGAAUCCGGCCAGCGUCAAAGCAGUUUCCACUACAUGCUCAAUGAUAAGCGUGGACCGAUUGGCAAGGCUUUGCGCGGUAUCAAGCCCGAUCAUCGAGAAUUGUGGUUCAUUUUCGGCCAAUUGAUUUACAGCAUCAUUUUCAUGCUUCCCCCAGCUACACUGUUGAUCCGCUCGGCGCAUGCCAGCUACGCGUUCCUUAUCAUCAUCUUCGCUGUCUCCGCCUGGAAUGGGGCAACGUUCUACGUCGAGGUGUUCGGUCGGAAAUUCGAAAAAGAGCUGGAGAGGCUCCGGAAAGAGAUGGAACUCGCGUCUGCGAGUGGAACCUCGCUAGCUUCAAGUGGCGCAACACCUUCAAUGCCCUCCACUCCAUUUGUUGACCAACCGAUCUCGCCCAACUCUAUCGGAGAUCAAACUGACGCGGAGAACUUGGAUGCUUCUCCACUCAUGUUGCCCGGCACAAACGAACACGCUUCCGAGAUGGAAGUGCCCGAGAUGACAUUGGACAAGGCGGCUGGAGAGAUCGACCGCGGCUCGAGUGCAAGCAAAUCCAAGACGAUGUAGUCUGGUAGCAAGGCAACGCAGGCCCCCCAGAAGAGGCGCGAAUGAGCGAUCGCGCAACGGCACAACCAUUCUGCCAAGUUA